AUGGGGUUAUGGAAAAAGGAGAUAACAGAAGAAGCGAAGAAACAACUAUGGCUGGCAGGGCCUAUGGUAUUUGUGUGUGUGUUUCAGUACAGUUUGCAGAUGAUAUCUCUCAUGUUUGUAGGCCAUUUGAAUGAAAUGCUUCUGGCUGCUGUAUCUUUGUCUACUUCAAUUGUCAAUGCUACUGGUUUCAAUGUCAUGAUGGGAAUGUCAAGUGCACUGGACACAUUUUGUGGUCAAGCAUAUGGAGCAAAGCAGUAUCAUAUGCUUGGUGUGCACACCCAAGGAGCCAUGUUGGUUCUCACCCUUGUUACUAUACCUUUGUCCAUUCUUUGGGUAUACUUAGAGUCUAUUCUAGUUCUUCUUCAUCAAAACAAAGAAAUUGCAGCACAUGCUCAACUAUAUGCCAGAUAUUUGAUCCCAAGCCUUUCAGCCAAUGGUCUUCUUCGGUGCAUUACUAAGUUCCUACAAACCCAAAACAUAGUUUUUCCUAUGGUGCUAGCCACUGGACUUACUAGCUUACUACACUUGCUUCUCUGUUGGGUUUUGGUUCAAAAACUUGAGCUUGGUAUCAAAGGAUCUGCCAUUGCAAUUUGCAUUUCAAAUUGGUUUAGUACCAUAAUACUUGCCCUUUACGUUCGGUUCUCCCCUUCAUGCAAAACAACUUGGACUGGUUUCUCUAAAGAAGCAUUGCAUAACAUCCCGAAAUUCCUCAGGCUUGCUUUUCCUUCAGCACUCAUGGUGUGCUUAGAAUCAUGGACGUUCGAAAUAAUGGUGAUCUUGGCAGGUCUUUUUGCUAAUGCGAAAUUACAAACCUCAGUUCUUUCUAUAUGCCUUAACACCUCUGGUAUAUUUUGGAUGGUACCAUUUGGAGUAAGUGCUGCAGGAAGUACAAGGAUCUCAAACGAAUUAGGGGCUGGUAGUUCAAAAGCUGCAUACUUAGCAGUUAAAGUCACCAUGUUCCUGGCCUUCUUGGUGGGUCUUUUAGAAUUUUCUCUCCUUAUGUCCUUAUGGAAAGUUUGGGGGCGUGCUUUUACCAAUGUACAUGAAGUGCUCACAUAUGUGAUUUCCAUGAUGCCAAUUGUUGCAAGCUCUGUCUUUAUAGAUUCAAUUCAAACAGCAUUUCAAGGUGUUGCCAGAGGAUGUGGUUGGCAGAAACUUGGUGCAUAUAUCAAUCUAGGAUCUUACUAUGUUUUGGGCCUUCCUUUUUCCAUUGUCACAGCUUUUGUAUUCCACAUGAAAGGACAGGGGCUAUUUUUAGGGAUCCUAUUAGCACUUAUUGUGCAAGUGGUGUGUUUUCUUCUGGUCACCUUACGCGCCAAUUGGGAGAAAGAAGCAAAAAAGGCAGCAGCAAGAGUAGGAGGCAGUGCUGUACAAGUUGAGGACCAUCAGGGUGACCAAAAUGUUCAUACUGCUUCAUAG